UAAGGUGUGGAGGGGAAAACACAGCUAGGCUAAUUCCUAGCUCUCAUUGCCUCAUUGGUUAGGCAGCUCUUCGCAACGUCAGCUUGGAGAUGGCUCAAAAUCUCAUCCGGGGGGGUAUGUGAACUCAAUCCAAUCACAUCGUCUUCUCAGAGCUAUCUAGCUAUCUUGGCUAGAGCAGCCGCCGCAUUGUUUUGAUACAACAUUUGCUAUUCUCACCACUGAAAGACUAAUCCAAAUUCAAUUUAGGUGACAUCCACGUGAUUUGACUCUUAUUUAGGAAAUAAAAUUUUUAUUUAUUACCAACCCAACACCCAUUAUUAACUACCAUAUAUGUUAAUUUAAUUUAUUGCCCCAUGCAUAUAAUCCCCAUUCUCUCCUCUUCUCUAAACCUCAUUCCUCUUCGCUUAAAUCCUUCUCUCUCAAGUCUCAGUUCCUCCAUAAUUUCCUGAUAUCUGAGUAGAAAUGGAUAUGGAGCAAGCUGAAGCACCUCCUUCCAUGGACGCAGACAAAGCUGCUGCAUCCUCUUCAAUCUUCAUUGAGUCCCAGGAAGAGAAAAUGAGACUCCUGGAUUCUUGCACCAGAGAUGGAUCAACAGAUAGCCAUGGAAAACCUGCACUCAAGAGAAAAACUGGUGGAUGGAAAUCAGGAAAACUGCUGUUAGCCAGUGAAGGAUUGGCUGCACUUGCCUUCACUGGAGUGGAAGUAAACAUGGUCCUUUUCUCCAAGUCUGUCAUGAGAAAAUCAAAUGCAGAUGCUGCAAACUUGUUUAGCAGGUGGAUGGGAACCGUCAACAUUUUCCCACUCGUUGGUGCAUUCCUCAGUGACUCUUACAUGGGAAGAUAUCUCACUUGUACCAUCUCCCUUGCUGUCAUGAAUAUUGGAUUGGUGGCAUUGUCCCUGUUAACUCAUGUGUCUCUGCUUGAACCUGAAGGGUGUGGGAGGAUAGGAGAAGUGUGCAACCCACAAUCAAGAAUUGAAGUUGCAAUGUUCUAUGUCUCUAUAUAUUUACUAGCUAUAGGGAGUGGCUCUAUAGAACCUGUACUUGCAACCUUAGGAGCAGAUCAAUUUGAUGAACAAGAUCCUGAAGAGAGCAAAUCAAAGACCAAAUUCUAUAGCUACUUUUAUGUUGCAUUUAACCUUGGAUCCCUGAUUGCAGAGAUAGUUUUGGUGUAUAUUGAAAAUCUAGGGAAAUGGGCACUUGCCUUAUGGAUAUCUACCAUAUGUGGUUCUGUAUCACUGACCUUGGUAAUAGCUGGGGAAUACCGAUAUCGCCAUAUCAGACCUUUCAACAACCCUGUAUCAAGGUUCUGCCAGGUGAUUGUGGCUUCUCUGAGAAAAUUAAAGCUUCAAGUCCCGUUGCAUGGAGAAGGAUUGUAUGAAGUUCAUGGAAGGGCUGAGAAAUAUUACAGAAGAAUCUCACAUACAGAUGGUUUUGAGUUUCUUGACCGUGCAGCUAUUAAGGUUUCAUCAGAAGUUCCAAAUCCCUGGAGAUUAUGCACUGUUACUCAAGUGGAGGAAGUUAAGUGUGUUUUGAGGCUUCUCCCAAUAUGGGUUUGCACCAUAUUGGCAUCCAUAGUGUUUGUUCAGGUUUUUUCUCUCUUUGUGGAGCAAGGAGCUGCCAUGAAUACCAAGAUUGCAGACUUCCAUAUGCCUCCAGCCAGCAUGACCUCGGUUGACAUUAUAAGCUCGUCUACCUUCAUCAUUUGCUACGAGAACAUUAUACUUCCUCUAUAUGUUAAAUUGAUGAAAAGAGAACCAAAGCUUCCCAAUGAGCUGCAGAGAAUAGGAAUAGGGAUGGUCAUUUCAAUAAUAACCAUGUUGAUAGCAGGCCUGGUUGAGCAACACAGACUAAGAUAUGCUAAUGGGGAAGAAGAGACAAGUUCUCUGAGCAUUUUCUGGCAGAUUCCUCAGUAUGUGCUUGUUGGAGUAGCUGAAGCAUUUAUAUAUGUAGCUCAGUGGGAAUUCUUUGCAUCACAGGUACCUGAUAGUCUGAAGAGCAUUGGGCUCGGUUUAUCCAUGUCCUCAUCAGCCUUAGGCAGUUACCUGUGCAGCAUUAUACUAAGCAUCGUAAUGAAGAUCACAACCAAACAUGGGAAGCCAGGUUGGGUACCACCAAAUUUAAACGACGGCCACCUCGAUAGAUUUUUCUUCCUGUCUGCUGCCAUAGUUGCAUUAGAUCUUGUAAUGUUUGUUUUCUGCGCAAAGAGGUAUAAAGCUAUAGUGCUAGAAAAACUAGAGGAGACAGACGUGGAGCUGGUGGAGGGAACACCUUUGAGUUGAAGCUAUGAUGUUAAAGAAAUAAAGAACACUUCCUGUCUCAGGUAAGAACAUUGAAUAUAAGCAGGAAUAGGAAAUUAGAAAUGCACUUCCACAAGGUGAAGGAUAUGUUGCUUUUAACUAUAGUAUACCACUAUGCUGAUCUCAUCUGCCAAGACUUAUGAUUCUGUACUAAGCUAUCCAUUAAGACUGGAAAAUUAGAUAUUACACCAAA